CCCUCCCCGUCCCCAUGGUGCUCUUUCUAGUUAGUACUCGUCCGAGAGAGUUGCUUGGAGUAACUAUACUCAAGAUGCAGUCGCAGUAGGAUUAGUUGCUUGGAGUAUUUAACAAGACCGAACAAGAUUUAACUUGUCAAGAUUUAACAAUAUUUCUUAGUAAAGCUGAGUAGAGUAUAUAUUCUGAACAUGCAAGCAUAAAUAUUCUCAGCAUAAGUACAUGAUUAGGAGUAUCAUGCUUCUGAAUAUCUCCAAGCUGGAUAUUUCCAUUAAACAUGUUUCUGAAUACCUCCCAUAUAUAUUUCCGUUAGUCUGCUUAGUGCAUCAUUAAGAUUAUAAGCAUCAUUUUCAUUGAAUCCUGGUUACAUAUUUGUGUGUACUCAAGUUGAAAAUGGGACUUGGAAUAAUAUGCAAGUUUCAUCUUUUCUAUUGCAGCGAGUGGGUCGGUUAUGCACUGGCAGCAUCCUUGCUACUAGCGGUGGGCGCGAUGGUCCGGGCCAAGCAGAGAAAGAUAGGUGAGAUAUGCUCAGAGGUGAUCAUCGACAAGUCCUCGGACAAGAUGACGAUGGAGAGUAUAGUGGAGGCACAGCACAUCAUGAAGAAGGUGCACGAGUACGUCAAGACGACGAACGUCGUGAUCCUCAGGCUAUGGUCCAUUAUUCUAGCCCGGUCACCAAAGGAAAUUCACCUGUGCGGCGGCGGCGGGGAAGGAGCAACACCGGCAGCCCUGACAGAGGAAGUCAUGUUGCCGUUUUGUUUGUUCCCAGCCUUGACUAUGGUUGUCCAGCGAGUCCGGCAUGUCGUCAUUUUCUUGUAAAGCAGUAUUGUAUCACACUUGUAGAGCUCGUUACACAUGUAGAUC